AUGGAGAUGCUGAGUGGAUGGGUGCUGUCGAAGGUGCCGGGGCUCGAGGGGGACAAGACAUCCAUCAUAAAAUUUGAGUUUAACCCCAAAGAUGGGAUCGACAACCCUGCCCUGAUCCUGGCUGAGGACACUGAUGGUGAGGGUGAGGGGGAGCCUCGUUUCUACCUCCUGACCAAGGAGAGCACAGAGACCUUUGGCUUCUGCCUGCACGAGGAGCUGAGCUGCCAGGGGCACAUCAUCCGGCAGAUCGAGCUGGGAGGGGUGGCCCAGCGCAGGGGGCUGCAGGAUGGGGACCGUCUCCUCCAGGUCAAUGGCCACUUUGUGGACCACAUGGACCACCAGUUGGUGGUGCAGAAGAUCAAGGCCAGUGGGAAUGAGGUCCUGCUAGCAGUGCUGGAUGGUGACUCCUACGAAGCUGCCAAAGCUCUGGGCAGGGACCUGUCCCAGAUGCUGCCAACUGACAUCCGCCCACGCCUCUGCCAUGUCACCAGGGACAAAAGUGGCUUUGGCUUCAGUGUGUCGUGUCCAGAAGGCACAAAGGGCACCUUCCAGCUGUCAGUGAGGCAGGACGGAGCAGCAGACAGAGCAGGAGUGCCACCAGGCUCUUGGCUCCUGGAGCUGAACGGGGCCAGCGUGAAGAACUACUCCCAUACACAGCUCACCAAGAAGCUUAAGCAGAGUGGCAACAAGGUGACUCUGCUGGUGGCAACCAGUGCUGUGGAGGAGUUUUAUCGCCUGCGGGGCCUGCGGGUCACAGCUGCCUUGGCAGACACCUCCCGACUGCCCUUCAAGGUCCGUGAGCUGCACAUGGUGAAGGGUCCAGCUGGCUACGGCUUUCUGCUCAAGGAGGAUGACUGCAGAUCUGGGGGAAUAGGCCAGUUCCUGUGGGAGGUGGAUGUGGGGCUGCCAGCUGAGCAGGCAGGGAUGAAGGAAGGGGACCGUGUCCUGGCUGUGAAUGGUGAGAGCAUCGAGGGGCUGGACCACGACCAGACGGUGCACAGGAUCCGUGCCCGUGAGGACCAGGUGACGCUGCUGGUCAUUGACCCUGCUGCUGAUGAGUUCUACCACUCGAUCGGGCUCUCCCCUCUGCUGUUCUUGGAGGACACUGACCCUGCCUCAGGCUCCUCCACACCCUCCCAGCCCUCUCCCAGUGGCUCCCCUGGACCCUGUCACGUUGAGGUAGAACCAAAGGGACCUGUCUCCUGGCUGGUGGCUGCUGCCAACAGUAUAGAGCUCAUACAG